CAUCAGCAUCCUCUCCUGCCUUUCCCAAGCCUCUAAUAAAAACAAGAGAAAAAGCAUUCCCUCAAUGAAAAAUCCCACCUUUAUCUUCAUAUGCCACGACCCAACUCAAUCAUCCUAUAAAUAAGUACCAGAGGAACAAACCCAAUACUCACUUUCAUCUCUCCUUUCUUCUGUUCUGUUUUUUGUCUGGAAACCUUGUGCUCUGUGUCUCUUGAUCUGUCUUGAAUUGUGGGUAGAAGAGGAAGAAGACAUGGCCACCACUCUUGAGGAUCUGAGGGGUGACUCUCCUGCCAUAUUUGGGGACUUCAAUAAAAUCAAAGAGGAGGUGAUCAGAGCUGCGGGUGGGAAUCCAAACGAGGUAGAACGGCUUCUAACCAAGAGGAUCUUGAUGGACUUUCUUCAAUUUCACAUGAAAAAGAGAAAGCAGUACCUGGAGAAGCCUUUAGAGAAGAAGAAGAAGAGGAAGCCAUUGGAGUUGGCAGCCAACAACUCUGGAAGAAAGUUCAGGAAACCCAAGAGGCAGAGAAAGAACCCGACAGAGAUCAAGCUGGCGGUUCCCGACCGACCACCCUACAUGCCAACCGAGUUCAUGGACAAAAUCAUGGGGCAGGCUUCGAACAUCAAGCUUGUGAUUCAAAAAGUAUUGACCGACACUGAUAUGAAACGUUCUCAGGACCGGCUUUCGAUUCCAACGGGCCAAAUGAGGUAUGACUUUCUAAGCAGUGAGGAAAAAGUGAGUCUUGAGAAGAAAGAAGCAAAUGGGAUACAUUUCAAAGGCAUGGAAGUGCCAUUGAUAGAGCCAGGCCUUCAGGUAUCGAGCAUCUUCUUGAAGAAGUGGAAAUUAGGUAGCGGCAGCUGCAUCAUGUUGAGCAAGCCUUGGAUGGAUGUUGCAAAGAGAAACGAGCUCAAGCCAGGCAAUAAUGUACAACUUUGGUCCUUCAGAGUCAACCAAAAGCUUCACUUGGCCCUCAUUAAACUACCUAAUUAGUUCUGUGUUUCUUGUUUCUCAUCAGUUCUAUUAUUCAUUUGGGCUUGUUGUAAAUGUAUAAUCACAGAAACUUAACUUGUUUUCUGUAUAAUUAAUUGUUUUGUUUUGUUUAAUA